AUGAAAUUCCUAGUUAUAUUCGCUAUCUGCGCCACCGUGGCCUUGGCCAAACCAACUGAUGUCAUAGAUACGAUCUCCGUUGGACCAGUUAUCAUUGACGGUGCGCCUAUCUCCGUGGGACCCGCUAUCAUUGACGGUGAAUACGAGCCCAUCUCCGUGGGACCCGCUAUCAUUGACGGUGAAUACGAGCCCAUCUCCGUGGGACCCGCUAUCAUUGACGGUGAAUACGAGCCCAUCUCCGUGGGACCCGCUAUCAUUGACGGUGUAUACGAGCCCAUCUCCGUGGGACCCGCUAUCAUUGACGGUGUAUACGAGCCCAUCUCCGUUGGACCUGCUAUUAUUGACAACGAAGUUGCCGCUCCCGCUAACCUAAUCCAAAUCAUUAUCAAUGUUAACCCAAGCUCUGGCAUCGUUGGCAGUCCCGUGAUUGUUGAGGGUAUGCCUGAACCUGUGCCUAUUAGCGUUGACCCCGUUAUUAUUGACGAGAUCAAACCUACCCCCGUUAUUGUUGUUGAUCAGCCUGAACCUGAACCCGAAAAUGUGAUCAUCGUCGAGCAACCUGAACCUGAAGCCCUCAUCCCUCCCGUCGUUGCCCUCCCUGGAAUUCUCAAC